UUGGGUGUUGUGGCUACUGAUUCGUGUAAGAUAUAAUCGUGCACUGCUCCCGAUGGUUAAUUUAUAGUGAAUCGUUAAGGUUGUAUCGGUCAUCGAUCGGUGGUGUAAUCGGGUUCGUGUGUAACGCGUACAUGUGAAAGCGAGCCACGUUGGGAGGAACAAUGCGUGCACGUCGUUGAAACAAUUUAUCACGGUUCAGGGGGUGGAUGAUAGAAAUUUACUGAAAGUCCAAGAUAGAAGCCACUCAAAACACUGGAGAAAGACGGUGGAGCAUUGGAGGAGGGGGAGAUGUCUGCCGGCACCCAGGGCGAGAUUCGGGUUGGCCCUUCGCACCAGGAGUUGGUUUCUUGUCAGGCCCGUUUGCCUGAGUAUCGGCCGGGUAUACCUCCCGGAGAGCUGCUUCCUGAUCCAGAGUUUUCGAAAGAACGAGAAGAGCUAAGAUGGAUUCCAGCUAUGGCAUUGGACGGGGAUCUUCUGAUGUACCUGAGGGCAGCACGAUCCAUGGCUGCGUUCGCUGGCAUGUGUGACGGAGGAUCCCCGGACGACGGUUGUGUGGCUGCAUCCCGAGACGACACGACUAUCAAUGCCCUGGACAUAUUGCACGACUCUGGCUAUGAUCCAGGAAGAGUUGUUAAAUGUCCCGUACCGAAAGGCAUCGAUAAAAAAUGGUCCGAAGAGGAAACUAAACGGUUUGUCAAAGGGCUUCGGCAAUUUGGAAAGAACUUUUCGAGAAUCAGAAAGGAUCUUUUGCCCCACAAAGACACGCCGGAGUUGGUCGAGUUCUAUUAUCUGUGGAAGAAAACGCCAGGCGCGAACAAUAAUCGACCGCACAGGAGACGACGACAGGGAUCGCUCAGAAGGAUUCGGAAUACACGUAACUCGAGAGCAGGCACGCCCAAAGAGGAAGUCCCAACGCCGCCCAAGGAUACACCGCCGGCCAGUGUCAGUCAGAAGGAGCCGAUCUCAGAACCGGAAACCGUGCCCGUUGGUACACCAGCCAGCAAUAAUCCCGGCGGCGAAAUUAGUUCUGUGACGGAGGACGAUAAUUCGGAGGAGGACAGCGAUUCCCGGGACACGAAUACAAACGGAGCGACCCAUUCCUGUCAGCAUUGUUUCUCGACGAACUCGAAGGACUAUCAGGUAGCUGGAAAGGACAGGCUGUUGCUCUGUACGGAAUGCAGAAUACAUUUGAAGAAGACCGGAGAACUACCGCCCGCACCUCCGUAUCUCUUCCGCCCGGUGCCCGCGGAAUCACCAGAUAGCCCAGGGAGAAUGCGUACAAGAAACAAGGCCAAGGAAACGCCUAGACCUGCAAGACCUCGACGUACAGGUGGAACGGAUACUCCUGAUCAAGAGAAGCAACAGCAGCAACAACAACAACAACAACAACAACAACAACAACAACAGACACCGGAUAAAAGUAAAAAGAAGUCCUCCAGUAAGCCAGAAACGCCGAAGAAAGGUCAGAAACGGCCCCAAACGGAUGACGCGGACGAGGACAAGGAGUCUCAGAAACGUAAACGCGGCGAACGUCCUGAGAGUCCCUCCGAGUCGCUCACGACCGAUAGCAAUUCUCUCAUGGAUGAGCCUGAAAGAGAGGGAGAAGGGGAUACAAACGAGAAUCAACCAACGCCGGUCACAGUGCCGACCGAGGAGCCCGUGAGUCCUGCUGUUACCACGCCGGAGGAACCGUCGGAACCGACGCCAGUGUCUACGCCUGUCCCGCCGCCGAUACAAACAUUGCCGAUAUCCGUUCCUGUUAUUCACACCUUGGACAAGAAGCCGUUGUUGGAUGAACCGGUCGAGACGAAGGAUCAAAUAGAAGAUGUACCGUUAGCUAUGAAUCAGCCGUUGAAGUUGGAACCGUUGCCGAUUAUCGAAUCACCGAUGUCGCCGUCUAACGAGGACAUGAAGGAACCCGAGCAGCAGCAGCAGCUCAAUCUGAGCACGUCGCAGCCGUUGAGCAUGAACGAUAUGGGUCAAACGAUGCCCCGGAAUCUCUCUCAAACGAUACAGAACACCGGUAUCUGUACGUCGACCGGCUCGCAGAGUAUACAGAGCUCACAGAUCAUGUCGCCGACGCAGCAAGGUCUACCGUUGAACAUGCAGUACACGUCCGCGGUGACGCCCGUGCAGAAUGUACCGCAGAAUCUGUCGCAGAGCAUGCAGAUGCCGCCCGGCAUGCCGCAGAACAUGUCGAACGCGCAAACCAUGGGACCAACGGCGAAUCUUCGUGGUCACGCCGAGAACCUGUCGAACCCGCAGAGUAUGCCGCAAAGUAUGCCGGGACCGCCGUUGAAUUUAAAUAUAUCACAGAGUAUACCAACGAAUAUGACGCAGAUGCCGCAGAUGCCUAGCUCACCGCAACCAUUGGGUUUGACCGUGAUGUCGUCGGACAACAGGAUGUCCGAACGGAUGGCCGACGAUCGUUUGGCUCCGGAACGAAUGCGCGACAGCAGGAUACCGGACAGAAUACCCGAUCGGAUCCAAGAACGACAGGAGAACAUCGAGUCGGACCGGAACGAGCAGAGUAAUUUGUUCCAGCCGAUUCAGCCGACCGGAAUGAUGUCCAUGGAGAAACCGUCCUCCAUGUACAAUCUGGCGGGUACACCGCCGAUGGAGCCGCAGAAUUUGAAGAUCAAACAGGAGAUCAUACCGCCGGAACCGGAUCCGCUGCAGAGCUUGAAAGAGGUGAAAGUACCUGGCUUCCAGUCCGGCUUUCCGGGACCCAGUUUGGAGAACAUUAAAAAAGAUCCGGACAGUUCCAGUAAACCGCCCACGCCUAGUAAACACUCGAUGACUAGCAAUCAACAGGUGCCGCAGAUACAAUCGGUGGCCGCGUCCCCGACCCCGUCGCUACCGCCGCCGCCAACGUCUAUUCCACAACCGGUGAUGCAUCCGGCGCAACAGCCAAGCCCUCAUAUGGCGCAUCCGUUCCAUCCGCAUCAUCCUCUGAUGCAUCACUCACUGUUUACCGCGAUGCAUCCGUAUCAUCCGCACGCCUAUCCAGGAUACGCUCCUGUGAGUGGAUACCCAUCGUUCCCGCCGUAUCCGUACGGUCCAGUGCCCCACGCGAUACCACCGCCGUCGCCGCAGCGAAGUCAAGAGAGCACCACCAUGAUGACCGCGCAUCACUCCAGCACCAGUUCGAGCGUGACCACCAGAGAGGAAGGGGAGAAUCUUAUCGCGACGCAUCAUCACUCGUCGAGUAUGCACCAAGCGACAGCGUUACACCACGACAAGCUAUUGACCAUCUCGUCCCAUAGUUCCCACAGUCACUCGUCGUCCCAUAGUUCGCACAAUACUCAACGUAAACCGUCGUUGGUCUCCGCGACGUGUUUGACGUCCAGCAGCUCGGCUCAUCAUCAUCACAGGCCACCGCAACCGCAACCGCAGGUUCUCGCCCCGGAACCGAAGAUAGAGCCCGAUCUGGUCGAGCAAGAUCAGGAGGAACCGCCUAGUCCUCGAGGGCCGUCGCCGGAGCCGCGAAUCGAGGACUCGGAAUGCCAUAGAUCGCAGUCGGCAAUCUUCCUGCGACACUGGAACAGAGGUGAAAACAAUUCCUGCACCAGAACCGAUCUGAUGUUCAAACCGGUACCGGACUCGAAGUUGGCCAGGAAACGAGAGGAACGCUCGAGGAAACAGGCGGAACGGGAACGGGAGGAACGUGACCGGGCGGCCGCCCAGCAAGCGAGAAAGAUGACCACGCCGGAGAAGCAACCGGAGACCUGUAAACCGCCCAGUAGAGGACCCCUCGAACCUGUAGUGUCACCGUACGACAGGUACGCGGCCAGGCCCGGUUCGUACGCAGAUACCCCGGCAUUGAGACAGUUGUCCGAGUACGCAAGGCCCCACGCGGCGUUCUCGCCGGCCAGGCAUCCAGCCCCACCGGAUCCCAUGUUGCAUUACAUGUACAGCCCAGCGGCGAGGGAACGCCUGGAACUGGAGCAUCUGGAACGGGAGAAGAGGGAACGGGAGAUACGGGAGCUACGGGAACGGGAAUUGAACGACCGAUUGAAGGAGGAACUUCUGAAAGGGACCCCAAGACCAAUGCCAGCGCCGAUGGAUCCGCACUGGUUGGAGAUACAUCGUCGUUACGCCGCCGCUGGUUUAGCACCGGGACCCUCGGGACCGCCGCAAGCGUUACACCAGUUCGGUCUUUACGGUGCGCCGCCGGGGCCGAGUCAGCUGGAAAGGGAACGUUUAGAGAGACUAGGGAUACCGACUGCAGCCGGCGGGGGGCCAGCGGGUGGAGGGGCUGGCCAUCCCGUUGCGGCUCAUCACCACGGCCAGCUGGACGAGCGACUGGCUCUAGCUGCUGACCCGAUGGUCCGGUUGCAGAUGGCUGGCAUUUCGCCCGAGUAUCAUGCUCACACUCACGCGCAUACGCAUGCGCAUACGCACUUGCACUUACAUCCGGGACAGCAGCAGGCCCAGCAACAGGCUCAGCAACAGCAGGAAGCGGCUGCGGCUGCAGCUGGAUUCCCCCUGCCUGCGGCGGCCGGCGCGAAUUAUCCUCGACCGGGGUUAAUGCCACGUGACCCAGGAUUGGCGUUACAUCCGGCGGAACUGCUCGGACGACCGUACGCGGACAUGGCGGCCCACCACGAGCAAAUGCAGCGCCUGAUGAUGGAACGUGAUCGAUUCCCGCCUCACGCGUCCCUGGUCGCCCAUCACGAGGAGUAUCUAAGACAACAGCGCGAGCGUGAGCUUAAAGUUCGCGCACUGGAAGAGGCCGCACGUGGAUCACGACCCUAAGUGUAACUCUGUAUUUAUAUUAUUCUAACGGAUUUAUCCUUUUUAUCAAUUAGGGAGACCGCGAACAAAUUUUUUUUGUUCGUCUCGAGUCUCUCUCUCUCUCUCUCUCUCUCUUUCUGUCUCGAUUAACCAGUGAUUUUUAUUUGCGAUUUAAACGAGUAACUGAUAGGAGAUAUACGACGAGGGUGUGUGUGCGUGUUUGUGUGCGAGGACCCGUUGUCACAAGUCGAACGAGAUGGGAGAGAGGGGGGGGAUUACUGAUCUUACGUUUGGAGGAUCAGAUAUUAUUUUUACGGUUUCUUAGAUGUG